AUGACUGAAGAACUAGACAAAGAGGUUUUGGACAGUAUUGCAGAAAUCGACAAACUUUAUACAGUAUUUGAUGGAGCGUCUCAAGAAGAUGUGGCAUAUGCAAAGGUUUUCUGGAGCUCCCUUUCCCUGCAGCCACCAAUAGAGUCUCGGCUCGUUUCUGCUGACAUCAGGCAGCGGUUGAAAGUUGCGAAGACCCCGAACUCCACAAAUGCUACUGCAAAGCAAGCGUCAUGGUCAAAGAGGGAUGAUGAAAUCCAGCAGGAUGCUUACUUAAAGCAAAAGGAAGAGGAGAGACAGAAAUACAUGGAGAUGGCCAAGAAACGAGACCAGAUUAUUGCCCUUCUGAAAAAGCAGAGGGAUGAGCGAAUUAAGAAGGAGAUGAUUUCCUACCGAAACAAACCAAGAAAAGGCAACCUAGUGGAAAAAAUAUUGGCUCCCAAGACCCUUUCAUCAUCUGUGAAUGAGGACCGGAAAGAAGUUCAGAAGCUCCAGUAAACAUAGUGAUGAUAUUAAAGACUAGUCCCAAAUUUGAAACAUAUAAUGUGUCAUUUUAUCAUAGGAAAUAGACUAAUGUUUAAGAAGUUUACUUACAAUGCAGCUAGACUAGCUACAUUUGUUUAUCAUUGUCUUAAACACUUCAAAUAUUAAAAUAUU